AUGCUGAAAAUUCAUGUUAAAGGUUCUCUUUUUCAAACCACAGUUUCAGAGAAAUUUUGGUCGUUUCUUUCUGUUAAAUGGCAUCUUCAAAUUCGAGCGCUACUGCAAGACUGGGUGGGCUCGCACCCUAGCCUCAUGCUUGCGGAUGAACCGAUUGAGGUAGUAGACAAAUUUGUUUGCCUGGGCAGCUGUAUCAGUCCCGGUGGUCUCGCGAAAGAUGAUAUUCCCAUCCAGAUUGGGAAGGCUAGAGCAGCUUUUGAGAACCUACGUCACCUCUGGUGUAGGCGUGACAUCAGUUUCUCUGUCAAGGGUCGAGUUUACAAUGCUGCGACGUCCAAUGGUCCAUGCAGGAACGAAGAGGCUCGUAGUGCGCGUUGUCAGCGAUAUCUGCACCUCUGCUACUUCAUUAUAAGUGCUGCUGCUGGAUUUUCCAGACUCCGAAUCUUUUGUGACGAUGAUUCCCUUCGCUAUCCACACAAAUCGGACACUAUCACUAUUGUGGGCUGUGCUUUCUAUGCCUACCUUUUGCCGGUUCUUACUGUCGUCAUACUGGAAGUCCUGUUGGCUGUCUAUAACCGCUUCAGGCUUCAAUACCGUGUUUGGAAAAUGAUGGCCUUCUUGAUGUACAAUUUCGUCAUCACUUUUCUCAUGGCCGCAGGAGUCUGCUUAAUGCUCACAACUUUGAUCAAGUACACACUCGGGCGACCACGACCGCAUUUCUUUGAUGUUUGCAAGCCAGACGUGUGCCAAACUCGUACAGGCGUAGCAGCUUCCUAUACUUGUCGAGGUACAAACAAGGAUGCAUUAGAUGACCUAUUCAAGUCCUUCGUCUCAGGACACUCCUCCCUGGCUGCGGUUGGAAGCACUUACGCCGUGCUUUACCUUCAGGAACGAUUGCAUUUGACGAUGGCUCCUAUGGUACGACCCUUAAUUCAAGUGGUCUAUGUCUCAUCCGCAGCAUACAUUGCAAUGAGCCGAUACACUGACCAUAAACAUCAUCCUUGGGAUAUCAUUGCCGGUGUGUUGCUCGGAUCCUUCAUUGCAUUCGUCUUGUUCCUUCGCUAUCUGCCGAAAAUGACUGUGAUACAAUAGCCCCCAUAUGGCCUCCGAGUGCAUUCCAACCAUUACUUGGCAGUCAUGUACAUAAUUGGUUCGUUUAUCCUACUCCAUCUAGGUACUGUUUAAAUUCUCCCUUCAUAGAAACCCAGCUUACCUCUAUUGUCAACCUAAUUGUCUCUAACCAUUCUUCAUCUUGUGCCAGUCGCCUUGUCAGCCUUCUGUGUGGCACCCCGAUAUUAUUCACCCAGUUUUGUGCACUUUCCCUUUUUGAUUAUUGGAAGUUUUGAUGAUAUAUUUCCUCGAUAAUUUAUCGAUUCAUG